AUGUUGAGCUGGAUUCGAUUUCACGUCGACUCUGGUCUUUCAGAUUCACAAUUCGCUCACACAAAUCUGACGCAGUGUGUACGCAACCUGGCACGGUGCUGGGUGAUGCGUUCAUGGCUGUACAUGCACAGCAAUCAACAUUCCAUGCUUCGCGAAGACUCAAUUGCUACCUGUCGGGUUGCGAACGCGCCACUUAAGCGAAGCUGCCUAAUGAUGGGCGAGGUGGAGGCAAGAACGGGCCUUUUAUGCAUCCUGACAACCCCCGUGCCCUCCCCAUUGGACGUAUUGGCCACAUAG